CCAGUUUGCAAAUGGCAAUUAAGCAAGCUCACUCAACUUCAAAGUUUCUUCAGAGUCUUUCUCAGUUUGUUUCUCAUCAUCAUGAAAUCAAUUAGUGGAGGAGCCUCAGCCAUUGCUGCUCUAAUGCUGCUUCUCCUGCUAGUCCCAACUACAGAGGCUGCAAUUAAAUGCAAUGAUGUUGUGAAGGACUUGACACCUUGUCUCAGCUACCUUUUAAGUGGCACUGGGAAGCCAUCAGCCAGCUGUUGCAGUGGAGCCUCCAAGCUUGCGGCUUCCGCAUCAAAUACUGCUGACACAAGGGCUGCUUGUAAUUGCAUCAAGUCCACAGCCAAUCAAUUAAAUUUAAAUGCUGCAGCGGCCAAGGCUCUCCCUGGAAACUGUGGAAUCAAACUUUCCUUCACUGUGUCUGCUAGCACAGAUUGUUCCAAGAUUGGUUAAAGUAGAAGAUGUGGCCAGAGAAUAUGAAAUGAUCCUGUCUCCAAGUGAAGCUGAAUCUAUUUGAUAUUAAGAAAUAUUAAGAAUCUGAUCCUUUGUUUUCUGCUAUUCCUGUCAUAAAUAAAGAAAUCUAUGUAUUUUUUUUGGCUAUUAUGGAUUGAAUAAUACAAUUCUCCAGAUCAAAA